CAGGAAGGAUGGCUUACCACACUGCGCGUGCGGCUCACUGGAAGGCGUCAGUAUUUAAGUAAGGCGUUCGUCUCUGCGUCAGUGCGUUUUAUCGACUCACCUGAAAAAGGGAAGACUUGACGCUAGGCGUACGACUGUAACAGUUUUCACCAUGGCUGUGAGUGAGACUGAUGCAAAUACUUCCAAAAAGAAAUACCCAGAGGCUUUAGCUCUGGAGCUCACAUGCCCAAUCUGCUUGGCGCUCUUCUCAGAUCCGGUCUCUCUCCCCUGUGGUCACGUCUACUGCUUAGCCUGCCUUCAGACCAUGGGGGAAGGCCUCGACCAGUACAGCUGCCCCGACUGCCAGGCAGAGUAUAAGGGGACGAAUGCCCUCGUCAAAAGCUUUAAAAUGUGUAGUAUCAUAGAGACCUACAAAGCCAGUGCAAUGAAAGUAAACCCUGAUGCAGAACCUUCUGAUGUUGUAACUGUGAGGAGUGAUCAAAUCAAGUCUGGAUCCACAGAGCGACCCUUGUCUUCAGACCAAGAUCAAAGCACUGGCAAAGGCAAGGUUGAAAUGGAAGAACCCAAAUUCAGACUGGCAUCACAAGUCACAGAAUUGGGCCUCAAGUUGGAGUUGGCAGAGAGUGUGCUGAGGAAGGAGAAGGAACGCGAGUCUGAGGUAACUGCUGCUAAUAAUCAGCUGAGAGAGAAAGCCUCCAAACUUUUACAGCAGAUAAAAGAUUUCACGCAGAGCUACAGCUCACAGGUGACGAAGCUGAUUGAAGAAGAGCUCGCUCCUGGUGAGAAAGGUUUAGACCAGAGAGUCAGCCGAGCUUCUGAGCUGACCAAGCAGCUGAGACAUGCUGUGCUCACUGCUGAGUCCCUCCUGACUGAAGAGAAUGAGACUGCAUUCAGCCAGGAUCUCCAGACUCUACAACCCUGCAUUAUGGAGCUAAUGGCCAAGCCUGUGGAGGAAGAAGAGGACCAGAUUGAAUCAAAAUUAAAUGUAGCACGAGCCUGUCCCAAACUGGAAAACAUGAACACUGAGCUUAGGGAAAGAUUUGGAGAGAUUCAGCGCUCCCUUAGAAACACCCUCAACCCUUCAGAGGUGACCUUUGACCCUGAAACAGUACAUCCUAAUCUUGUCCUUUCAGAUGACUUAAAGACAGUGACUUUCAGCUCCACCAAACAAUCCUACCCUCCCUCCCCACAAAGGUUCACCAGCUUCUUCCAGGUCCUCAGCACCCAGAGCUUCCAUGAAGGAGAGCACUGCUGGGUGGUUGAGCUGGAGGGGUCCCCAUGGAUCAUUGGUGUGUGCUACAGAGAAAAGCUAGAACGUAGUGGGUUGCCCUCAGCUCUGGAGAGCAGCCGCAGCUCCUGGUGUCUGAUGUGGUUCAAUAAUCUGCUGACGGCCUUCGAGCAGGGUCACAACGUACCGCUGAAGAGGACCACAGUGUCAUGCAAGCUAGAGAUCAAGCUGAGUUUUAAGACGCACAGGCUGAGCUUCUACAACAUCAGCACUGUCAGCGGGAAGACUCACGUGUAUACGUUUAAGGCUAACCUGACUGAACCAGUGCACCUGGCCUACAGGAUGAUGUCAGGGAGUCCCAAAGGACGCAUCACUGUUCAUUCAUAAGCCUCUCUGCACUGAAUAUAGAUGCAUUGUUGAAAGAAAGCUGAUUUAUGGGUGCAUUUGUAAGUCUCAAGUUGUAUAUUCAUGAUAGAGGACCUAAUUGAGAUGUACUAGAAAUAAAGUUUCCACAUACAGAGUUCAAAUGUAUCACUGUCCUGUGAUUUUAUUGUACUCUUUGGUAAUGCACACCAUAAAAUAAAUUGUAACGACAAGAAA